UUUGGUGAAGUAGCUCAUUCGCACACUGGCUUUGGAGCGAGUUGCACUCCCACUCAAACUGAAAGACACUGCACUGGCUGUAGGAGGGUAUCCUUAGGGAGCCACUGAAGAACCCAGUCACUUAGAGGGGACAGACCAGAUACAGCUGCCAAGAUGUGUGACAUGGGGGGAUUGGACAACCUGGUGGCCAACACGGCCUACCUAAAAGCCCAGGGUGGUGAUGACAAGGAGAUGAAAAAGCGGCGUCGCAGCCUGUCUCUGCCCAAACCUGAUCAAUGUGCUGGAGUCCGAGCUUCUGUUGAAAAGGACUUUACUGUGAUCUGUGAGAGGCAGCCCAUCGGCAAAAAGAUGUUCCGUGACUACCUGGCAAGCAACCCUGAUUAUAAACGUGCUGCCGACUUCUUGGAUGAGCUUUAUGACUGGGAUCUGGCUGAAGGUGCAGCAAAAGACAAGGCACGCCAGAACAUCCUCAACAAAUACUGCAAGGCCGACUCCAAGAACUUCCUGUCUUUCUUAACUGGUGAUGCUGCUGAAAAAUGCAAGGCUGUGACAGAUAAGGAUUUUGAGGAGGUGAUGAAAGGCAAAGUCCAGGAAGGUACACGAGAGUUUCUGAAAGGAAAACCCUUCACGGAUUACCAGGCCAGCCCAUUUUUUGAUAAAUUCCUCCAGUGGAAAGAGUAUGAAAGACAGCCCAUCAGUGACAAAUACUUCUAUGAGUUCCGAACUCUGGGCAAGGGAGGCUUCGGAGAGGUAUGUGCUGUGCAAGUGAAGAACACAGGCCAGAUGUAUGCCUGCAAGAAGUUGUGUAAGAAGAGACUGAAGAAGAAGGGUGGUGAGAAGAUGGCCCUUUUAGAGAAGCAGAUCCUGGAGAAGGUAAACAGCCUGUUCCUGGUCAACUUGGCCUAUGCCUAUGACAACAAGACCCACCUGUGCCUGGUGAUGACCCUGAUGAACGGUGGAGACCUGAAGUACCACAUUUACAACAUCGGCUAUGAUGGGAAAGGGCAAGACAAAGGCAUUGAGAUGAAGCGCAUCAUCCACUACACAGCGCAGAUCGCCACUGGCAUCCUCCAUCUCCAUGAUAUGAAUAUUGUAUACCGUGACAUGAAGCCAGAGAAUGUGUUGCUGGACAGCCAGGGCCAGUGUCGACUUUCAGAUUUGGGUCUGGCUGUGGAGGUGGCUCCAGGGAAGACCAUCACCCAGAUGGCUGGCACUGGAGCGUACAUGGCCCCUGAAAUCCUGACCAAAACUCCAUACAGGACAUCGGUGGACUGGUGGGCCCUGGGCUGCAGUAUCUAUGAGAUGGUGGCCGGCUACACGCCUUUCAAAGGUCCUGAGAGCAAGAAGGAGAAAGUGGAGAAGGAAGAGGUCCAGCGUCGCAUCCAAAACGAGGAGCCUAAGUGGGAGCACAAGUGCUUUGAUGCUGUCACCAAGGACCUGAUCCAGCAGUUCCUCAAGAAGAAGAUAGACGAGCGCCUGGGCAUGAUAAACAACAUGGAGGACCCCAGAAAGCAUCAAUGGUUCAAGUCUAUCAACUUCCCUCGUCUGGAGGCUGGCCUGGUGAACCCUCCAUGGGUGCCUAAGCCCAACGUCGUCUAUGCCAAGGACACCGGUGACAUUGCUGAGUUCUCGGAGAUCAAGGGCAUCGAGUUUGACGCCAAGGACGAGAAAUUCUUCAGGGAAUUCGGCACAGGCGCCGUGUCUAUCCCGUGGCAGCAAGAGAUGAUGGACACUGGACUGUUUGAAGAGCUCAACGACCCCAACAGGAAAGAAACCGGCGGAGGUUUCGAUGACGACAAGAAGUCCGGCACAUGCACGUUGCUGUGAGCAAGCGGACGUGAGGCAGCUGGUAGCACACACCAGUAACAACAUUCAGAAAUCAUUUGUUUGUUUCUCAGUUACAUGCACACUAGGAUAAUUUUAAACGAUGGAUCACUGUAUAAGAAAGAGGGGAGGGUGAGCACCUUGUGAGAAAGAUGCAGCAUCCCUCUCUAGUAUGAAUCGGUCGCUCCUGGUUUAGAGAUCCACAGCUCUUUUAUGGAAAGUUCACAGAGCAUUGAAUCAAAUAGGGAGGUGUUGAUGAUGUUAAUGUUUAGCAUCAUCCCUCUGACUCGCAAGUACUGUUGCGAAUACUGUAUAUUGUACGAUGUAGACUAGCAUCCAUACUGACCAGAGAGGGCUUCUGAGAGUGAUCUGGCAGACCCUUCUUGAUAAGGAUACUAGUGUUAGGUGAGUAAGUCAAAGGCGUCUGGUUACAUCUUGUGCCAGAGAUAUUAGUUCACAUAGACACUGAAUCUGUACUGUCUGACUGAAAUUUUAUACAGGAGUACUUGCUGAAAUAGUACAACACUCGGCAUUACACUCAAGACAAAUUGGAAAUAAUCCCCAUAUUCAUAAUGAAUCGAGAUCUGUCUGUUCCAGUGUCUGUCAGUGGUUUUAAAAGAUAUUGCAAUCCUAUUUACUGAACACUGAUGCCAUCAUAAAGCUACACUGUUACCACAAUGAAAAGUGCUUUUCACCACGUGGCAGAGAUACCACAUCCAGUGUUUACUAUCACCAGCUGUGAUCCUGAACCUCCAGUCAGUGAGGCUGAUCACCAAAUGUUUCUCCCUCUGCCCAACGUUUUAGUUUUCUAAAAAAAAAAACAAAAAACAACGAUUAAAUGCAAUGCGCUUGUGUAUGUAUAUGUACAGUAUAUAAAUAUGUAUAUCUAUGCACAGAGAGAAGGAAAGGUAAUUCAGAAUAUAGGGGUUAGUGCUAAGAAGGUUAAAAGAUGCUGAACACCUCUCCACUGAGUCCCUUGGCUGUUGGUGCUAUAAGGCUCAACUUGGGGUUAUGGAGGCUCUGUCGCCCUGGGAGGCUGGGAAAAGUUGAGUUGAGGAAUGGUCGUUAAUUGCUAUAACUGGAGGCGAAACGUUCAGAGGAGAUGGGCGAUAAAUUCCUGUACCAGGAAAAUGUAGUUUGCCCCCUCCACAUCCCCCAAACACUGUGAUACCUGAGGGCUCAUUUCUUACUUUAAGAAACUAGCCAGAUCUCAGCAAAGCUGGUGUUACAUAGAGAAUUUGGUUAGUUCAAAAGAGAAUCCUCAUUAAUUUUUUUUCUUGUCUCAGGGUAAUUAUUUGAUAAAAGUAUUAAACUUUCCUGAGGCAGAGUGGAGUUUUUACAGUUAUAUAAUGUUAUAUAAUGUUAUGUAAAGUAAUUAUUAUGUGAUUAUGUAAAUAUAAUGUAAGAGGAAUCAUUACAUGCACUACUAUAGAGUUGUCAGAUGUAAAUUGGGGAUUUCCUUGAAUCUUGAAUUAUUUGAAUAAAUAAAAUUAUGUCUUUUAAAACAUGUGUCUGC